CUAUAUGUAAUUGCAAUAAAAUAUAAAAUGCGUGGCGUGCUCAAAUGGUUAGAGCGCAUCGAAUUCUCGAAUGCCAAAGAUGAGAACACCAGUGUUCAUUCCGUUUGCUAUGCUCCGGAUGGCAGUCAGUUAGUGGUUGCAGCAGGGGAGCGUCUGCUCAUCUACAAUCCCAAUGAUGGCUCGCUACUGAACACAUUAAAGGCCCACAAGGAUGUUAUAAACUCGGUGGUUUAUUCCCGCGAUGGCAAACGCUUUGCAAGUGGCGCCGCAGAUAAAAUGGUCAUUGUGUGGUCGCCACAACUGGAGGGCCUCCUCAAGUACUCUCACGGCGACUCUAUUCAAUGCAUGUGCUUUAAUCCCGUCUCGCAUCAUUUGGCGUCGUGUUCCACAUCGGAUUUUGCCUUCUGGUCGGCGGAUCAGAAGGCUGUGCAAAAGUACAAGAUCGGAUCGCGUGUCAAUGGUUGCGCGUGGACGAAUGAUGGACAGUAUUUGAUACUUGGUCUGGCAAAUGGCAGCAUAUCCAUACGCAGUAAAUUGGGUGAGGAAAAGGGACGCAUUGAUCGACCGGGUGGAGCCAAUAGCUCCAUCUAUGCCGUACAAUGCUGUCCGGUAAAUGGUGCUGGCAGCGUGGACACCAUUGCCGUUGCGGAUUGGUCCCAGACAUUGUCGUUUCACACGCUCAGUGGCCAAAUGAUUGGCAAGGAGCGCAUUCUAGGAUUCGAUCCGCUCUGCAUGUCAUAUUUUCCCAAUGGAGAGUUUUGUGUCGUCGGCGGCUGCACAAGCAACUUGCAAUUCUUUACCCGAGACGGCGUGCGAUUGGGCACUCUCGGUGAUGGCUUCGAAUCGUGGAUCUGGUCGGUGGCACUGCAUCCGAAUGGACAAUCCUACACGAUUGGCUGCCAGGAUGGCACUUUGGCCUCUUUCAACAUUGCUUCGAGCACGGUGCAUGCUCUGUAUCGGGAGCGUUAUGCCUUUCGUGAGAAUAUGUGUGAUGUGAUCAUUCAGCACCUGAUGUCGGGUCAAAAGGUGCGCAUCAAGUGCCGUGAUCUUGUCCAGAAAAUAGCCAUCUACAGGAAUCGUCUGGCUGUGCAGUUGCCGGAACGUGUUGUGCUCUACGAGCUGAGUUCCACAGAGAAUGAGCCCAUGCACUACAAGGUCAGGGAAAAGAUCCAACAGAAGUUCGAUUGCAGCUUGCUGGUCGUCUGCGGAUUGCAUAUUGUCCUGUGUCAGGAGAAGCGACUGCAAUGCCUGGACUUUGAGGGUACGCUGCAGCGAGAAUGGAUCAUGGACUCGUUCAUACGUUACAUUAAGGUGACAGGCGGUCCGCCGGGACGAGAGGGUCUCAUGGUUGGUCUGAAGAACGGACAGGUCUUUCGCAUCUUUCUAAACAAUUCCCUGCCACUGCUGAUUACGACGGCAGUGUCCGCAGUCCGCUGUCUGGACAUCAAUGCGAAUCGCAGCAAAAUCGCUGUUGUGGAUGACGCUGGACGACUGGUGGUGCGGGAUCUGCUCAACGAUAGCAUUCUCUAUCAGGAUGUGGGCGUAAAUAGUGUCACCUGGAACACACAUCUGGACACGAUGCUCUGCUAUACACACACCAGCGGUGGAUUGAGCGUACGCGUUGGCAAUCUACCGCCCAGGGCACCGCAGAAUAUGCAUGGCGUCGUUGUGGGCUUGUGUGGUGCAACGGCCUUUUGUCUGCGUGGCAAUAUAAUGCAUAAUACACCACUGGCUCUGGGCGCCACAAUGUGGCAGUUCAUCGAGGCGGGCCUGUUUGACGAGGCAUACCAGGUGGCCUGCCUGGGUGUCACCACCAGCGACUGGGAGGGCUUGGCACAAUCUGCCCUGGAGGCGCUGCACAUCAAUAUUGCCCGGGAUGCGUACGUCAAGGUGCGCAAUUUGCCUUGGCUGCAGGUGAUCAGUGAGCUGCGAGAGCAACAGCAACGCGCCACCGUACCCAAGGAGGUGCUGCUGGGCGACAGUUGUGCCUUUGCGGGGAAAUUCAAGGAGGCAGCGCGUCUCUUCCUCAAAUGCAAUCAAACGAAUCGAGCGCUCGAAAUGUACACAGAUCUGAGAAUGUUUGAUCUGGCGCAGGAGUAUCUCAAAGAUGGUAGCGAACUGGAGAAACGGGAUCUGGUGCGCAAGCGAGCCGAGUGGGCCUACUCUGUCAAGGAGCCGCGUGCAGCUGCCGAGCUGCUCCUCUCCGCGGGCGAACACCAAAAGGCCAUUGACAUUGUCGCCGAGCAGGGUUGGGCAGAUGUCCUCUAUGAUAUUGGACGACGUCUGAGCCUCAGCGAACGCGACGCUGUCCAAUCGGUGGCUCAGAAUCUGAAGACACUGAAGGCCUUACCGCUGGCCGCCGAGAUGUUCAAGAAGCUGGGCGACGAGGCGCAAGUGGUGCAGCUGCAUGUCGAGGUCCAGGACUGGACCGAAGCCUUCCGUUUGGCCGAAGCCUUGCCAGAGCUGUUACCCAACGUGCAUUACCAGCAUGCACAGUGGCUGGCAGAAACGGAUCAAUUUAUUGACGCGCAUCAGGCUUAUCUAAAAGCUGGACGCACCAAGGAUGCAAAUCGUCUGCUGAAGCAACUGAGCAACACAGCCAUUGUCGAGGAGCGCUACCUGGAUGCCAGCUACUUUUAUUGGCUACUGGCCAAACAAUAUCUGGACAUAUAUCACGAGAAACCUGAGCAAAAUGCCAUUGAUCAUCAUCUCAACGAGUACAAAAACCAUUUGCGCAUUGCAAAAGUAUAUUACGCCUACAGCGUCAUCUUCAGCUAUAUGAAGGAGCCAUUUACCACCCAUUCACCCGUCAGUCUCUUCAACGUGAGCCGUUUCAUUUUCAACGAGGUGGAGAACAAGGGCGCGCCAAAGGGCGUCAGCAUGUUUUCGGUGCUCUUCACGCUGGCCAAACAAGCCAAAUUGCUGCAGGCCAACAAGCUGUGCCUGCUGGUCAACAAGCGUCUGCAGUCACUCAAACCGCCUGCGGGCGUUCAAGAGCAAAUCGAUCUGAAUUUCCUGAACAGCAAGGCGUGCAAGAGUGGCUUCAAUGAUCCCGAGGAGCUGCUGCCGUUAUGCUACAAGUGCUCGAACUAUAGCCAGCAUUUAAAUAAUAAUACCUGUCCCACCUGCAGACAGGACUAUAUAUUUUCCUUUGUUUCAUUUGAAAUCUUGCCUUUAGUACAAUUCCAUCCGGAGGUGGAUAUAACCGAUUCCGAGGCGGAACGUUUGCUUUUGGCGCCCGCCAAAAAUCCAGAGGAUGCAGAUCCAUUCAAUGAAGAUGUCGCCAGCGCGCUUCCUUUGAGUUUAGAUCGCCAUGCGCUGCGCGCUAUUGAUCCCAAUCAUGUCCUGAUACUCAAGCGAAAGCAAAGACGCAACAUUUACUAUCGCAAUAUACUGCCCGAUCUGCAGGUUACCUACUGCUCCGAGUGUUUGCUGUUAUUCUACGCCGAGGACUUUGAGCUGCAGGUGCUGCAGAAGGGCUAUUGUCCUUUCUGUCGCACCUCCACGGACAAGCUGCUGGAAGACUUUUAAAUGUCACACAACAAGAAUUAGGUAAACUGGUAGUUAAAGUACAUAUCAUAUUGUUAAAAGUGAUGUAUUUACAAAGUCCGUCCAACAAAUUGAAUAUAUAAACUUAUAAUUAUGCA